CAAUCAGACCGUGACCCAAGAAAUAUUGUCGCAUAUUGGCAAUUUUAUGUCGCGAGUGUGGCAUUAUUGAAAUUGUUUUUAUUUCAAAUAAGAAAUUCACUUUAUUUCUCCCCACACAACGUGUUGACAGAAUCUAAUACCUGAUAAUAAGUGAAUGAUUGAUGUAAUUUCAAGAUUGACUUAUCGCUUGGAUGUAUAUCGGCGGUGUAUCUAAUUUGUGUGUGGACAUGCUUCGGCUUUGAAUAAUAAUUGUUUUUAUGAAUAUUCAGUGAAAAAUUGACUACUUACGAUAUAAUAGUGGUUAUUUCUCAAAUAGAGGGCGUUAUGGAAAUGGAAAUAAUGGUGAAUAGUAGUGAGAUCCUUUUUUAGUGAAAGGGACCUUGCUCUUCAAGAUGCUGGAGACACACACCACCGUAGGUACCAUGGGGGGGCUUUAUAUAUACCGGGCGGGGCCCUGCUAUCAGCACGCAGUAAUAACUCUGUACUCAACAGUCCUAGCCAUUUCAACUAGGAGGUAGAGUAAUCAUGCAGUUUUUGGUAUUUCUGUCCGCCGCAGUGGCAUUUGCCUCAGCGACUUACUUGGGACCCAUCCACAUCCCAGUUAUCGGCCCAAAUGGUGUCCCCGUCGAACCCCACGAAGUCCAAGCUGCUAGAGCCAACCAUUUGGCUGCCGUAGCCUCUGCCCAUAAAGGUCCAUAUACUGCUUUCGGAGUACCAUCAUUAGCUCAUAACGCCCUUCCCUUGGACACCCCUGAAGUAGCCUCAGCCAAACUUCAACACUACCAAGACUUUGCUGUAGCCGCUCAACGCAAUGGUGUACACGUGCCACUCAUUUCUGCUACCACUCGAUUGGCUGGACCGCUUCCUGUUGACACCCCCGAGGUGCAACACGCCAAAGCAGCCCAUUUCCAUGCCUACGCCGAAGCUGCAGCUCGUGGAGGACCUUCUAGCUACCUGGGACAUUAUCGAAGACGUCGCGACAUCUACGGUGGAUAUCAUGUGCCUGUUAUCGGCCACAAUGGCGUCCCGGUAGAUACUCCCGAAGUGCAAGCUGCCAGAGCCAAUCAUUUAGCCGCUUUGGCGCAGGCUAGUGCCAGGGCUGGACCAGCUUCCCAUUACGAAAAUAUAGGUUCUCCAUACGAAGCAGGGGCCUACGAACCAUACCGUCGCUACUACGGGCCCCAAGCCACCAUUGGACCCAACGGCCAGCCGUUAGAAACUCCUGAAGUCCAAGCUGCCAAAGCUUACCAUCUGGCAGCCCAUGCUGCUCUUAGAUCAGGUGGACAAGCUGGGCACUAUUAUUAAUUUUAGUUUUUGGAGGCAGUUGUUUCGGAACCAUUAAAAAUUCUUUUUGAGGCAUUAUAUAGUUAAUUUGUUACAAAUGUUGUGAAAUUGAAACAAAUAGUUGUGUUUAACCAAGCAAAAUCACUUUUAGUCGAUUUGUUUGCAAGUCCAUUGAUCAAAGUAAAAUAAUAUAAAACUGCAAUGAGACUUAUCCGAAAUUGAUUUCCUUUUUUUAGAUAAGUUUUUAACAUAGAUUAAGUUUUUCUGUAAUAAAAUUGUAAACCCAACCAAGAAAUAUUUUCAAACUUGUGAUUUCACGUUACCUACUUGAAUAGCUACUAUCUAUCUAUAAUAGCUACUAUCUGACUAUAUUUGUAAGUGUAUAUUAUGUAUAAACAAAUUAAUAGAUAGACAACGUGCAAUAAAUGUACACUAUAGGAA